CGCGUGCCAAGGGUGAAGGUCUAAGGAAGGAGCUGCAAGGGAAGUGGCGCAGGCUCUUUCUACCUCUGCUGCCUGCCGGCUGCCUGCAAUUUGGCAGUUUGAAUCUCAUCAGGCUCAAGAUUGACUCAGCCUUCCAUCCUUCCAAGACUGGAAUCAGGGAUCCAGAUAGCUGCAUGGAGAAAGUGUUGCCCUUCGAGGAAAGCUACACGACAGCUGCUGCCUGCAGAGUUGGCUUGCUUUGAAGAGCUGAUAACGGCAGCAUGGCUUCCUCAAAGCUUAUAGGCAAGUUCUGGGAAUGGGGCAAGAACAUCUUCUGUGUGGGGAGGAAUUACGCAGCCCAUGCCAAGGAGUUGAAGAAUGCUCUCCCCACGGAGCCGCUCUUCUUCCUCAAGCCCUCCUCGGCCUACGUCAGGGAAGGCCAUCCCAUCAUCCAGCCCUACUAUUGCCAUAAGCUGCACCACGAGGUGGAACUGGGCGUGGUGAUUGGGAAGAGAGCCCAGGCCGUCCCUCAGGAAGCCGCCAUGGGUCACGUGGCAGGCUAUGCUCUCUGCCUGGACAUGACAGCCAGGGAUAUUCAGGAGGAGUGCAAGAAGAAAGGGCUUCCUUGGACUCUGGCCAAAGGAUUCAAUACCUCCUGUCCAGUCAGCGACUUUGUGCCCAAGGAGAAAAUCCCAGAUCCACAUCAGUUGAAGAUCUGGCUAAAGGUGAAUGGAGAGUUGCGGCAAGAAGGCAAGACAUCCAGCAUGAUUUUCACCAUUCCGUACAUCAUCAGCUACAUCAGCGGAAUUGUCACCUUGGAAGAAGGAGAUAUCAUCUUAACAGGAUCCCCCGAAGGAGUUUCUGCUGUGCAAGAGAAGGAUGAAAUAGAAGCCGGGAUUGAGGGGCUGCUGAGCGUACGCUUUCAGGUAGCGCGGCAGAAAAGCCGGCCCUGAUGUCUGGAAGUUCCUUUUCUCUGGAAGCAUCUAAGGAGAUUCUCAGUCCUUCAGGUCACGGCUUGUCCCAAAGGUGCUUUUUCAAAAGGCAACUGGACUUCCUUGGUUUUUCCUUGAAGGUGUUUCACUUCGAAGAUGAAAAAGCACCUUUGGAGACUUUUCUCAGGACUUUUCUCAUUGCUCACACAAAAGGCCAGAUUUCUUCCCUAUCCCCCACCUCCAAGAUGGAAAAUAGUAGGCUUUCAGAAGAGCCUUCAAUGAUAUGUCCUUCUCUCUCACAGAGUGCAAGAUCCCAACCUAUUGUUUACCAGAUUGUUGUUAUUGUUAGUUGCAAAGUCAUGUUCGGCCCAUCGUGACCCCAUGGACAACGUUCCUCCAGGCCUUCCUGUCCUCUACCAUCCUCUGGAGUCCAUUUAAGCUCAUGCCGACUGCUUCAGUGACUCCAUCCAGCCACCUCGUUCUCUGCCGUCCCCUUCUUCUUUCGUCCUCAAUCUUUCCCAGCAUUAGGCUCUUCUCCAGGGAGUCCUUCCUUCUCAUUAGGUGGCCAAAGGAUUUGAGUGUCAUCUUUAGGAUCUGGCCUUCUAAAGGGCAGUCAGGGUUGAUCUCCUCUAGGACUGACCGGUUUGAUUGCCUUGUUUAUCAAAUACAGUGACUUUAUUUCCAUAUAAAAUAAACCAGAAUAUAGCAAUAUGGCGAGAAACAUAAACCAGUUGCCUAGUUCAAGCAGAUAAACAGACCUUAAUACUGGAGUUCUUUUGCUAUGAUUUGCAGAUAAGAUAUCCUGGCUGUAUCCCUUUGGCAAGCUCAAGUUCAGAAGCUAUAUUGGUUGUCUAUUUCCUAUUUCUGGCUUGUCAGGAAAAGGCCAGUAACUAUAAAUACAAAGCCUAAAUAUUUUUAAGACUGCAAAACACUUUGUAUCCUAUAGUUAUAAUCUACCUUUCUUAAAACUAUAACCAAAUAAUGAAGGAAUUUUGCAGCAAAUUAUAUUGUUUAAAAAUUGUAUUUUAUAUGAUGAGAUUUUAAAAGCACUUUGAAAUGAAAUCAAAACUUCUUUUUGUUUCUCUGAAUAAAUGCCAGUCAGUUUAUAAUAUUACUUGCCGGUUAUCUAUGAAACAAAAUAUAGUUAGCAUUUUUGCAACAGAGGUUAUACAGUAGAUAAAUUUUCCCUGUUGAACACUUAAAGGGGGGGGAAUGGGGAAGUGCUGAGAUAGGACACUCCUUCAUGACACUUAAUAAAUCCAUGGCUUGUGCAACACAUGAAGAUGGUGCUUCUGUCCCAGCUGAAACUCUAAACUACUGAACCAUCUCUCACUACAAAAAGUCCUGAAUAUUCUUCCUUUUUGAGGUCAUCUGAAAUUAAACAUGCUUCUGAAGAAUAUUGAAAACUUAUAUUUCUUCCACAUUAUAAUGGAAAACUAAAUUGGAAAGUGAAACAAACUCUCAAAAGCCAGAUAAACUCUUGCCACCGUAAUAAAGUAUAUUUUACAAGUC